AUGAAAUUGCUUAUUACAUUUUUACUUGGAUGUUGCAUUCUUUUAACGAAGGCAUUUUUACCUUCUAAAGAGAGUACAAGUGGACGACCAGAUUACACCCAUGCCAGCAUCACACAGGCCGGUAUCUACUACGCUGUUGCAGAUGUUAUAGCUGACGUCAUCAAUCCAGGAAAAUACAACUCGUCUGAUCCCGAUGGUACCAUCAUGAAUUUUUUUGACCGUGAUGGGCUUAUUCAUUUUGCCAAAACGGUUGUGGAUAUUGUAAACAAGAACAACAUGGCACAGAGAAAUUAUAUGGACGAUGCUUCGAGGACGAUGAAUUGCGAGCAAAUUGUUUCUGGUCACUUGCUUCUGCAGUCUCUGAGGGAUAACAUUGUCCACCAAUCACAAACAGCUAAUCCAAACUGGGAUGCUGUCAGAGAUUUGAUUGGUCAAUAUCUCUUUACACUACAAGAGUUUUACAGCAAUACAAACUGGGUAGAAAUGUUUGGAAAUCGAGUGUGUCGUGAAUUAGGUGUUUCAGGUCAAUCUCUUCCUUAUAAGGUGUCUGACCCUAAUAUGGUAGCGUGUGUCAAUUGUAACUACUCUAAGGAAGCAGUGAAGGACUAUUCCUGCGUUGACAACAUGCGAUCAGAUGGUCAACUUCUUACAAGUGGCUAUACCAGCUACCAGCACAUUAAUAAACCAAUAGGUAAUUUUCCUUCCGGUAUGGGGAAGUGCAGUCAUGGAGGGCCUUACGAUAUGAGUAAAGAUAUCCCAGCAACAGGGGGUAUAAACAAAGAAACAUCAAGUCCGGAGUUAUCUCCCCAUUUUGACCUACAUCAACAGGCGGGUCAGGCAGCGAUACAAGCUACCUAUGAAUUUUUCAUUGGAAAUGGUACUGGGCUGCUGUCAAUUUUGGGAAUCGACAGAUUUAAGGAAAUGCUAGGGAUGACAUACAAGAACCCAUGCUACAACUGUUUGGCUCCCGGUCUCUCUGUGGUAUUUGUGAUUGACGAUACAGGGUCUAUGAGUGGAGAGAUAAGGGAAGCAACUCAGCAUAGCAUAGAUAUCGUCAACCAAGCAUCUCUUCUUGGAUCAAAUGGACCAUCAAACUACAUACUUUCCACAUUUAAUGAUCCAGAUACAACCAUCCACUCUACAACAGAUGGAUCAGAGAUGAAACAAUGGCUGCAUGCUAUGGUGGCACAUGGUGGUGGUGAUUGUCCAGAAAUGGCAAUGGCGGGAAUCGUAAAUGCACUGAAGAUGGCAAAUCCUGGAUCAUGUGUCUUUUUCUUUACUGAUGCCGACGCGAAAGAUCCAGAGAAAGCGAACGAGGUUAUAAAUUUAGUAAACAGCAAACACAUGAAACUUGUGUACUUCCUGCGUGGGGAUUGUGAUGGGCGUAGACGUCGGUCUGUCUUCAAUGUUCCGCAAAAUGUCCAAUGUAUUCCAAAUGAAAACAAAAGAAGGACAGGUUUGAGACGCCGAAGCCUUGCAGGACUGGAUCUGUUUGACAAAAUAGCAUCUGCAACAGGAGGGCAGAUUGUGCAUACGUCAUCAACGUCUCUUGGGAGUAUUCUUGGAACAUUUGUUGAGAAAAACAUGGGAGUAUCGACAUUAGAGGUGACAUCUUUUGAAACCAAGCCUGGAUCUAUGCACACGAUAACUGCAGAUUCCGAACUUUCAUUGAUGACAGUAAAAAUAGAGAUACUGUCAAAUGUUUUAAAUGUAAAGUUGGAUCGACCUGAUGGCUCAGUUCAGCAAUUAUCCAAUAGUUCAGUUGAUGUUAUCGGACGCACUACAGUGCUUUCUAUUCCGAAGCCGACUCCUGGAAAGUGGACACUUCAUAAUAAUGACGUAAACACGUGGAUCGUGAAAGUAGGAGGAAGCGGGAAAAUUGAUUUCACUUUCAAGUUUAUGGAAAAUAUUCUUGGAUUAAUGUAUCCUAUCAGUGGAACCAAUCCUAUUACAGGUUCAAAGGUUGUCAUUAGUAUAAGCAUCACUGGAAUACCAUCAACAGCUCGUGUAACUGACAUCAUUCUUAGGAAACCAUCAGGAACUAUACUCAACAUACUUCCUGUGAAAGACACAUCAACAAAUUCACAAAGAGACGUAUAUGCCUAUUAUGACGUCACAUCAGAGGAGUUUUAUGUAAGCAUUAAUGGAAGCAUAAACUCAGAAAUAUUCACCCGAGAGAAGUCAAAUGUUAUUAAACCUGUAACUGGGAAUAUAAAGUUCUCUUCUAAACCAGAGACCCUUGUUCUUGGAAAGACUUCUGCAAUCAAAGUAAAUGUAACAAACACGGGGAGCACAUCCCAAACUUAUCAGGUGACAGCUACAUCGGUCCCUACAGGAUUCGUCAUUGGAUCUUCUCAGAUCGUGUCUGUCGGAGCACAUAAAAGCCAGGAAAAAGAAAUAACACUAACAGCCCCGAAUUUGACAAUAGCGACUCUGUCUAUUAAACUUAAGAUUAGUGGAAAUACUUUACAAACGAUCAUGAGAACGCUCACGGUGACAGCGUUACCACCCCCUGAAAUCACCCAAAUCAACCGUACAGCUGAUUGUCGACAGGAGGUGAUGAAUUACCUCAACUGCUCACAACAAACCUGGUCUGUCUCCCUCGACGUAGAAUUUAAGGCUCAUCUGAGCAAGCUGUAUGUUACACCAAGUGAGAUCGAAUUUAUAUACGUAAAGAAAACAACAACUUCAUCGACUUAUGUUGCAACGUUAAGAGGAAACUGCUGUUCAUACAUAUCAAAGUUGACAGCCAUAGACAAGCAGGGUAAUAUGAAAAUGGAACCCGUCAACUUAUCAGGUGGACAUUUAUUUAAUACAACAGUAGAAAACAUCGAUCUUCUCCAAAAGCCCCCUGUGUCUGGAAAGAUAAAUAUGUCAAACAAAUCUGAACUAGACUACAACGUGAUUUUGGAACUGAUUGGUGCCGGGACAGCUUGUUUAAUUGUUGUUGUUGUCAUAGUAAUGGUUGCUUGGAUUGACUUUUUAUCUGUUCAUAUAGGCAAUGACGAACUGGAGAAUUUUGUCCAAACUGUCCAGUAUAUAGUUGAUAAAAACAACAUGGCCCAAAAGAACUACAUGGACGAUGCCGUCAGAACAAUGAAUUGCGAACAAAUUGCUGCAGGGCAUCUGCUUCUUCAGUCCCUGAAAGAAAGCAUAAUUCAUAAAUCACAGGGAGCUAAAACAAACGGGGAUGCCAUAAGAGAUUUGAUUGGUCAAUAUCUCUUCACUAUACAGGAGUUUUACAGCAAUACCAAUUGGGUAGAAAUGUUCGGAAAUCAUGUUUGUAAGGAACUUGGUAAGUGCCCACUUGAUAAUAGUAAAGCGAUUCCAGGCAAUAGUGGUAUAAAUAAGGAGACAUCAAGCCCUGAAUUAUCUCCUCAUUAUUAUCUACAUCAACAGGCUGGCGAAGACGCAACACAGGCUACAAUUGACUUUCUUGUUGGACAUGACACUGGACUUUUAUCCAUCCUCGGAUUAGACACAUUCAGAGAACUGAUGGGUAUGAAUUACAGAAACCCGUGCUAUGACUGCCUUGCAUCUGGACUCUCUGUUGUAUUUCACGAUACAGGCUGCAUAAGUGAGGAUAUAAAGAUGGCAAGUCAGCAAAGGUUUGAUGCCGUCAACCAGACACUAAUUCGUGAGCGCAAUAGACGAGGUUUUGGAGGUAUAGAUUUGUUUGAAAAAAUAGCGUCAGCAACUGGUGGACAAAUUGUUCAUACGUCAUCAUCUUCGCUGGGAAGCAUCUUGGGAGCUUUUGUCACGAAGAACAUGGGAGUUAGCUCCUUAGAAGUGACCUCAUUUGAAAUGUCGACUGGUUCUGUACAUUCAUUAGCCGUGGACACGGAUUUAUCUCUAAUGACCGUCCGGAUAGAAGGGUUAUCGUCUGCCUCACAAGUCUCACUUGAUCGUCCAGACGGAACUAGUCAAAUAUUUUCGGGCACUUCUUCUGUUGACGUGAUAGGCAGCACAACCGUAAUAUCUGUAAAGAAUCCUCCCUCUGGAAGGUGGAAACUACAUAAAAAUGGAGCUGGCACAUGGAAAGUAAAAUUUGGCGGAAGUGGAAACAUCGAUUUUACAUACAAAUUUAUGGAAGACGUGCAUGGAAUACAGUACCCUAUUAGUGGAACAAGUCCAAUUACUGGAUCAAAAAUUACCAUCAGUGUCACAGUCAACGGAUUGCCUGCAACAGCACGUGUUACCGAUAUAAUAUUGAAGAAACCAGACGGCACCGUUCUAAAUGUAAUUCCUGUAAAAGAUACAUACAGUGGCACCAGUCGCGUUCUAUAUGCGAAUUACAUCGUUACAUCUCAGGAGUUUUUUGUCAGCAUCAACGGCAGUUUAAACUCUAAUGUGUUUACUCGAGAGAAAGCGGACAUUGUAACUCCAGUCACAGGCAGUAUACAGUUUUCAUCUAAACCAGAAAAAUUAGUCCUUGGAAAAUCAACAGUUGUGAAGGUGAACAUUACAAACACAGGAAGUACGACUCAAGCCUUUCGUGUGACUGCAACUUCCGUCCCUACAGGAUUUGUAUCCAGCUCCCCUCGCAGCAUAUCAGUAGGCGCUCACAGGAGUCAAGAAAUGAACAUAGGGGUUACCAGCAAAUCAAAUACAUUAGCUGGAACAUGCUGUUCAUACCUCUCACGAGUGACUGCUGUAGAUGUACGGUCAAAUAUGAAAAGCGAAUCCUUCGAUUUCUCAGGCGGAAAUGUCUUUAACACCACAGUUGAUAACUUCGAACUUCUUGUAAAAGCAAGCCCAUCACUUAAAAAGGAAAAUCUACCCUCUGGUGUGGAUAAAACCUUGCUUUAUGGUUUAAUCGGUGGAGGUUUAGGAGGUCUCUGCAUAAUCGCUGUCGUCCUGGCAACUCUAAUUCACGUCAAUAAAUCACAGAGGCUGGCCAUGGAGAAGAAUGCGAUAGACUCUUUGUCAUCUGUAUGUUUUGACGCUCCUUUGAAACAUGUUGAACGCAACAGCAGAUCAAAAUUUGUUUUGAAAACAUGA